AGGAGCCGAGCGAGGACCAGGGGCGAGCGGAGCGACGAGCAGGAAACACACUCACGUCCCCCCGGUGUUUGACGCACCGACCGUCUCCUCCCCCCCCCGGGCUGUCUCCGCUCCCGAAACACGCGUUAAUGUCCCGAAUGUGAACGACGGAGAAGGAGCUGCUCACCCUUCGCGUUGGUUAAGCCGUAGAGGACUCUCGCUGGUCGCCGGAGGAAAAGAUGUGCGAUGGAAUGGUAGCGUUUCAGACGAGAGCCCCAUCCUCCUCUUCUUCCUCCACCUCCUCACGAGCCCACAGGCUGGCUGCCUCCGCUCUUCUCCUCCUCUUCACCCUGCUCCCUCAUGGUCACGCAUCAGGUUGUGUGCAGCCUCCUGGUGUGCAGCACGGAGACCUGCUGAACCAGACCGAAGCCAACAGGGGCUCCUUCCCCCCGGGCACCUUGCUGACCUAUGGCUGUGAGCCCGGCUUCACGGCAGAUGGACCCACCACUAUCAUUUGUACCAGUUCUGGAGCCUGGUCCCAGCAGCCACCACGCUGCCUCAGAAGCUUCGUGUGCUCACCCCCCACUGAACCAGAGAACGGUGGCUACCGCUGUCACCCGUCUCCCUGCCCCCGCCUCACCCAGAAGACGGUCAUCGAGUACUUCUGCGACGAGGGCUACGCUCUGAAAGGAGACUACAAGUUCCUCACCUGCCAGAACGGAGAGUGGGACGCCCCCAUGCAGAUCAGCUGCCGACUGACGCAAGACAAAGAGCCGAGCUCGCCGCUGGGUAUACCGGCUCUGUCCAUCGUGGCAUCCACAGCUAGCUCGGUGGCUCUCAUCCUGCUUUUAGUGGUGCUGUUUGUUCUUGUACAGCCAAAACUCAAGUCCUUCCAUCACAGCAGGAGGGAGCAGGGAGUCUCAGGCCAGAGCUCCUCCAUCAUGGUGGAGGGCGUGCAGGUGACCCUUCCCUCCUACGAAGAGGCUGUAUAUGGAAACGGUGGACCAUGCACUGCAUCAGGUCCUCCACCUUCUCCGCCACCUCCUCCGGCUCCUCCGGAGACUCGAGUGCCCAUCGUGCUCUCUGAGGGGCUUCCUCAGGGGGCCACUGGAGGCCAAGGCUCCAGCAGAACCCGCCACCACAGAGACUUAGACUUCUGUCUGCCAUCCACCUCCUCCUCCUUCUCCUCCCGCCGCCAUGCAGAGACAGUGCUGGUUCACCAGGCCCCCUCUUCAUCGUCAUCCUCCUCUUCUUCAUCAUCAUGGGUUAGAGAGCACCCUGGGGGUGCAUGCGCAGGCCCCCUCCCUCUCCGUAGAGACUCUGAGAGCAGCGACCAGAACAGUCUGCUUUCUGUGACCUCUGCGGAUGACUUUUCCGAUGAUAUCCCCCUGCUGAAGGAAGCAUGAAGCCUGCCAGGCGGCUCUCGGCCUCAGCAGCGGAGCCCCUCGUUCUCUCUCGCUCUCUCUCUCUCUCUCUCUCUCUCUCUCCCACUGCUGACUGGAACUGACUGUGGCUGACAACCUACCAUCCCCACAACGCAGUGACAAAGACUCAAACUAUGCUCAUUACCCCUCCCCCCCCCCAUCGCAACCUCUUCUACCAAUGCUACCCAUGCAGAGCAAAGCCAACAACAACCAACAGUCACUUCACCCCGAGCGGUGACGGAGCAGCACUGGAAUCAGCAACUGGAUCAAACUACAGACAAAUAAAAGUGACUGUAGUUCAACAUGAAUUCUGUAGAUCCUGUGUAUAUGAGUACAACAUGCAUACCGAGUCAUGGUUGUGUCCUUGAGGCUGUGUAUCACAAUACACUUGCCUCCUCCCAGGUGUAAUUAUCAAUAUCAACAUUGCUCGCGAUCCAGACGUGUCGACUCAAUCCGGGUUUACUGCAGAUAUAUAUAAAUAUGUUAUUAAAAGAAAACUUGAGAUGUUCGCUCCUGAGGCUGAAGGCGCUCAGACUCAGAAUCGUCUUCCCGCUGUACUUGAAAAGUUGUGAGUGACGGGGCUGGGUUGUUGUUUUUCUGUUUGCGGCCCUCUUCGGUGAAUGCUGCAUGUUGUUUUGAGUCGUCGCUGUCACGGUCUGAACGAAGCAUGACGCCUCCUCCGUCUCUCUCUGUAGCUUAUCUGUGCACCCGGUCGGCAGGCAAGCAUUAUGGAUUAGUGGGGAUUCUUCUCUGUUGCCGGAUGCAGCCAGUGUCUGGAGGGUGCCGCCGCGGCUGCAUGAGUGGGAUUGAUCUGUGUUUUGGUUCCAGGGCUGUGCAUUUAAAAGAGAGGGAGACACGAUGUCACAUUUUAGUUUUGGGAGCUGAGGAGAAAAGGACGUGUGUGAACUUGGUGACCUGACACAUGACUAAACCUAAAGGUUGUUUGUGUUUAUUUCCCCCCCCACCCCCCACUGUAUUUAUUGUUUGGUGUGUGGCUCCAUUUUGAGUUGUGUGUCUGUGUGUGUCUGUGUGUGCGUGAGACGACGUAUGUCCUCUUAUGGUCGUACUCGAUGCUGCCGCUUCCUGAUUUGCCUCUCGUCACACCAGAGGACGGCUUCACAACGUCCCCGUCUUUUCACCACAGAAAGAAAAUCCCGCCCAGCAUUGAAUAAAGUCAUACGAACAAACCAGCGUCUCUUCAGGCAACAUGUCCGCUACACAACGUGUGUAUUAUUCAUGUGCUCUCGAAACUAGAAUAUUUAUCGUUUUGUGCUGACUGGCCUGAACGUCUCCGUAGAGGAACACGCCCGACUUCACACUGAGCUGAAGACUCUGUCUCCACUUCUGUGCACCAUCGACACCACUGCAACUGGUUGCGGUGAAAAAUUAUUAAUAAUAAUGGAAGUUUUGCCAUUAUGGCAGCCCCCCUCCCCCCUGCACCACCACCACAUACUUUCAUGUCAUUGUGAAAGGAGUCGCCCUCACUUGAAAAGCUUUCGGUGGUCGAGCUGGUCACUGUGGGAGCAGCAUGACUCAGAUGGAUCCUGAGAAUCACUUUUUGAGCUUUAAAAAAACCUCAACAACUGGUCUGAGUUUCCGUUCUCGACUUUAUUUUUAAAUCCGUGGCUCCGUUAUUCAUGCAAGCAGAAUGUUGCCUUAGACUUGUACAUGUUCUUUUUUUUUUUCUUUUCUUUUGUUUCAAGUGUAUAAUCGUAAGCCUCUGCGUUGGUUGCUUUUACAAAACUGCAAAGUGUUCUGUUUCUUUCCAAUGGCCUUACUCUGUUUUUUCUAUUCUAUGCAUAAAACUGUCUUUGUGUAUUUAUCGAUGAGUUUUACUUCUGUUGUGGACACGACUAAACGAAUGUCCGUCCUUCUUUAUCCUCCCCCUAGCGUUUCCAGCUACUGUGAUGAUGAUGGUGGUGAUGAUGGUGAUGAUGAUGAUGAACCUAUGAGCGCCUAUGUUUCACUCUUCCUUUGCUUCUCUUUUGCUACAAGGCAUUACAAAUAUUAUGGGAUUGAAAAGAAAGGAAAGGAAACACAAAUUAACCUUGCGUUCAGAAGCACUGUUGUACGGUGUUGCGUCCCUGAAAAUCACAGGUUAAACAAAGUACACAUCCUGAUUCUUAAGUUUCAACACUUUCAGCUUUGGUUUCUCCUCUGUACAUGGCAGUGGGUGUGAAGAUAGUAAUUUAAUAUUUGUAUAAAGUUUAAUUUAAUUUUACAGUGUGUAUAUAACUUUCUAAUUAAAGCUUUCUUUUGAAUGUGGAA